AUGAAGCUGUCAAAUUUUGCAUGCGGGCUGCUUGCCCUUGUCUCUGAAGCCUCUGCAACCGCAUUGACCUACAAGCUCACUGCGAACGAGAAGGCAUGCUUCUACACCAAUACCCAGAAUAAGGGGGAGAAGAUCGCAUUCUACUUUGCGGUCCAAUCCGGCGGCUCAUUCGACGUCGACUACGAGGUUAGCGGACCGGGUGGAAAGGUCAUCAUGGAUGGCGAGAAGGAGCGACAGGGCGACUUCGUCUUCACUGCCAAUGACGUGGGCGAAUACAAAUUCUGCUUCAACAACGAAAUGAGUACCUACUCGGACAAAUUCGUCGACUUCGAGAUUGCUGUCGAGAACGAAGCGCGAGUUGGACUGCCCUCCAAGCAAGGUAGCUCCCCCGAACAGACCUCUGUUCUUGAGGAGUCGGUCUUCAAGAUUUCUGGCCAGCUCUCUACGAUUACUCGAAACCAGAAGUAUUUCCGAACACGAGAGAACCGCAACUUCAGCACCGUGCGAAGUACAGAGAAGAGAAUUGUCAAUUUCAGCGUGAUCCAAUCUCUAAUGAUCAUUUGCAUGGGUGGCCUGCAAGUGUUUAUCGUGCGAUUCUUCUUCCAAGGUGCCAGAAAGGGUUAUGUGUAA